AUGGUGACGUCUUUGGGCACAUUCAACCACGAAUACGUGUUUCAGGGCUUGAUCAUUUGCUCCCCGCGGCACCCGCUGCUGGCUCGGGUGCUGGGAGAGGCCAUGGUGACUCGGCAAUCCGAGCUUGCAAGCAAGGCGAAAGGCAAGGGGUACCUUACUUUCUGCAGGCAGUUUUACCAGAUGCUGAAGAAGGGUGCCCAGCUGAACAAGUUAGAGCCUGGCUGGGUCGACGCCGGCCCGUAUGGCUGGGUGUACCUUCUGAAGGAGGACAAGCUGGUCACCGACAAAGCCCUCCAAGUGAUGCAGUUGACCAAGCCAAUUCCAGACACGGACGGCCCUUUCGUUUCGCUGCCAUUUGACGGCCACAUAAUCCACAGCGGGAACAAGCAUCCCGCGCAGACGGAGCAUUGGCUGCUGGCUACGCGAUCGCCGCGCAGGUGGUCGCUUGCAGACCUGGCGGUUGAGAUGCAGGUGUUGCGCCUUAGUGAGGCCGGCCGGGAGCGCCUGGCUCGCGUGGACACAGUGGCGCGCAAGGUGAUGGAGCUCUACACGAAUCAGAAGGGCAAGGACAAGACGGAGUGCAACGAUCUGCAGGUGCAGUGCCUGGUGGGCCAGGGGCUGGUGGUUCCGCAGGCCUACGAUGCCCUGACAUGCGUAUGGUGCCGCAAGCAAGAGAAGCUCUUCAGGUCACAGGACGACGGCGGAGUCACUCACACGCAUCCCGCCCCGCAAGAGCAGCAGCCGGCGAGCUCCGGUCUGGAGUGGUCGAGCGACAAGCAUCUCCCCACCAGUGAUGAGCUCAUAGAACUCUCCAAGGAGCAACAGGAAGCAAUUUUGGGUGGAUCGGGCGAUUUGUCCUUCAAUAUGUCUCCGUGGAUUCGAGCUCUCGUCAGCAUUGUGUACGACUUCAACGAGGGGCUGCCGCAGUACUGCGCAGAGCAAGUCCUCGUUCUUUCGAACUGCGUGCCUGCAGAGUUUCAGCAGACCCUUCAGCACCAAACCACCAAGCAAGGCACGUCGUGGCGUGAGUUUAUUUGCAGCCUCCAGAAAACCACUCCCGUCACCAAGAAUCCGGUCCUCUUGAAGUUUCGUGGAAAGCGUGUGGAGGAGGAGGUGCUGUCAAGCCAGUCCAAGCUGUUGGGGAUUGGCUACUCGUUGCUGGGAGCGGCGCUGGACGCAUGGGCUGUUGCGGCGGGCCACGCUAUCAAGCGAGAGCAAUCUCUACGCAAGGAUGCGCCGUUUCCGGACAGCAAGUUUCGGAUCUUGCGCAAGAUGGUUGACGGCAAAGAGGUGUUGGCCUUCCGCGUGGUUCCCACUGCUGCCCGGCAGUUCGACAACCCGACCGUUAGCUAG